CACUGUUACAGAGAGUGUUCAAUUUAAACUCAGUAUAUUCAGCAAUAUUAUUUGAAAAAUAUAAAUGCCUAAAUUGAAUUUAAAAUACUCUGAAAAUUACUUCCGGAAAAUGACGUCACCGGAAAAAAGAAAGGAAAGUUAUUCAUCGAUUUUGGGAGAGGUUCAAUGACCAUGUUAUAAUGAGUGUUCUAAUGAUAUCUCGUGAUUGAAAUCAGUUGGAUCUUCCACUACAUAUCUUUGACAAUCGAAAACCACCAACAUAACAAUGAACGGGCUUUCAAUUAGUGAACUUUGUUGCCUAUUUUGCUGCCCACCAUGUCCGUCGAAAAUCGCAGCAAAACUGGCAUUUCUUCCACCAGAACCAACAUAUUCUCUGGUUCAGGAUGAAACAGGGUCACGGUACAGCUUUCAUCUCACAGACAGAGCUGAAUGGCAAUACACCCAAAGAGAAUUAGACUGUAUAGAAGUGUUUCAGACAAGAACAUCGAAGGGAAAUCGUAUUUCGUGUAUGUUUGCUAGAUGUUCACCAAAUGCCAAGUUCACAAUGUUAUUUAGUCAUGGGAAUGCUGUUGAUCUCGGACAAAUGAGCAGCUUUUAUAUUGGACUUGGCAGCCGUAUAAAUUGUAAUAUAUUUAGCUUUGAUUAUUCAGGUUACGGUACAAGUACGGGAAAGCCUUCGGAGAAAAAUCUCUAUGCAGACAUAGAUGCUGCUUGGCAAGCUUUACGGACUAGAUAUGGCAUAAGCCCACAAAAUAUCAUUCUAUAUGGACAAAGUAUAGGGACAGUGCCAACAGUAGAUCUAGCAUCACGAUACGAAGUAGCAGCAGUUGUGUUGCACUCUCCAUUAAUGUCUGGAAUGAGAGUUGCCUUUCCUGAGACAAAGAGGACAUGGUUUUUUGAUGCCUUCCCAAGCAUCGACAAAGUGCAAAAGAUUACAUCACCUGUGCUUGUUAUUCAUGGAACAGAAGAUGAAGUGAUUGACUUUUCUCACGGACUAGCUAUACAUGAGAGGUGCCCUCGAACUGUAGAACCGCUUUGGGUUGAGGGUGCUGGUCACAAUGACGUUGAACUUUAUGGGCAAUAUCUUGAACGUCUUAAACAGUUCAUAAGUGUUGAUCUAGCGAUGAAUUGACGAGACGAGCAGGAAGUAGACAAAGACAGCUCAAAUAUAGCACAUCUGGAUGUUGUGACAGAAGCAGAAACUCUUCUGUGAAAGAAAAGUGAGACUGACCUCUAUAAGCCAGUAUAGCAGUAAUACUAAAUAGCAAAUCCUAAAACCUUGUGAUAAUGUCAUCCAAUGUGAAAAAUGCACUCUUUCUAAUACCGCAUGGAUUUUAUACAUCAGUUGAACUUUCAUGAUUAAAUGAAGACUUUUUUUCUUUUUUUGCUAGAACCCAUUCCCUUCCUUGAUUAGUCAUUGUUGGUGGCAAUGUGAAAAGCUGACAUACUUCACUAGACUUUUGUAUUACUGAUACGACUGUUGGAGAUAUUUUAAUUUUCAGACACUCUAGCUUUUAAUAAUGUAAGCUAGAAAGUUUUUCGAUUGUUUUUGCCAGAAUUAUGAUAAAUAAUUCUAUCCUAAAGUAGUGAAUUAUAUCACCCUAGUCUUUGAAGUUUUCGUAGUUACAACAAAGUUUGCUUACAUAAGUUACAAAGCUUGUAUAAAUAAUUUUUUGAACAUUUUAUGAAUGGCCUAACUUUCAUAUAUUGUUUUAAUUAUAUUUUUCCACUCAACGAAUUGCACAAUUAUGGUCUCAUUCAGUGACUAUUUCAAAUACAUAUCAAAAGCCAAAUAAAAAGAUCAUUUAAAAAAUAAAGGUGCAUUGCUUUAAUCAACAAAUUUUACAGUUCAGCUGAACAAUGAAGGUGCUGAUUGCCAAAUAAUGAUUAAAUGAAGAAACUUCAGUCUUAAAUCUGUAUUGCAUCCUGAUACCAUUUUGUUCAUAAUAAAUAUGAUUCAUGUGAAAAAUUUCCAAUUCUCAUGACAAAAAUAAUUGAUAGUCCCAGGUUGUAUCAUUGGCAGAGUGACAGCAUAUCAAAUAGUUAGAAGCGUAUGAAAGAUAUAUCAAGCUGAUGGUGCUGUUGUCACAGUCCAGGCAGGGUUUGCACAGACCUUGAAAAGUCCUUGAAUAUGACUGUAGUCCUUGAAAAUAGCUUUAAAGCCUCCAAAAAAUUGAAAUGAGUUGUUUUUCUUUUUGGCUUGGGGUGUGAAUGCUUGUAUUUUACCCAAGACUGAUAAAAACCUACUUUGUGAAGAGAAUAAAUUUAAGAAGGUAUAGAAAAGAAUGAAGUUAGUUUCAAACUUUGAAAGAAAUGUAGUCGGAUAUUACUGAUUCCGGUAGUAGUAUGCACAGGGAACAGUCAUAAGUAGGGGUCUAAGUACACCUAGACAACAUUUUGAGUAGAAGUCUUAUGACUGCAUUUUAUAAAUCUCAACUUACAAUUUUUGCUAUUAAAUAGGGUUUGUUGGAUAAAGGUGUUAGGACUAAGAUUUCAAAAAAAUGGUUACAAAAUGUACUAAUAGACCUUGAAAGGUAAAACUGUAGGUUUUGUCUUAGUUGUUCUGCAUAUACUCAAAAUUUGAGGUUUUAUACAAGUAUUUCUUCCACUUCCAUUAUUUCUGCUUUUUUUUUUUUAAAGUUUAUUGCAGGUAAGGAAGGAACCGAUAAUGAUAGUGAAAAGAUGAAAAUAUAAAGAACCUGUGAUAGAACUAAGAAAUAUUUCAAUGUUCUUAGAAGGGUUCGCAAAUUGGAGCUUCUUAUAUUCUAGGUUAUUAAUCUUAGCUGUUCUACAGUUGUAUAGAGUUCCCUGCUUUGCUGGUGCUUGAAACUUGUUAAAAUGUAACUCUUUUAUUAUCACCUUAAUUGUGCAUUUUGCUGGAGAAAAACAAAUAUGGCGUGUGUAUUGAAAAAUACUGUCUUACUUUGUUUACUAAAUGCAAAAAGUUACGACAUUUUUCCAUUCAUUCCUAGGUAUAGACCUAGGGUAGAUAGUGAGUUAAUAAAAUGCACAGUAGGAUAUAUUCGUAUUUUACAAAAUUAUGGGACCCAAAGUAUUACUUACAUGGUUCUCUCGAAGACUUACAGCGUAUGGAAGAUUGUGUUUGUGUGUGUGUGCUAUUUUAAGCAUCAUCUGGCAACAAACUUGAUAGCCUUUAUGGUGUGAUAGAUUUAAACGAACUAUAGUACUGUUUUGAACGCGUUUAUGUAAAAGUAUUGGAUGAAAUACUUUAAUUUUCAACCUAUGUUUUGAUCUUCCUUAAACAUUUUGUUCAGUAAUAAGUCUAAGACUUCCUGUUUGUGUUUCUUUUUUGUCAGACAUGAUCAUUUCCAUUGUUAGUUUAUUACAGAGACAUGUGUAGGUUUAUUACCUUGUAGUAUGGUAGUUUAAAUCACUUAUCACUGAACGACAUGUACAGAAUACUGCAAGUUGUCACGGCAGCCUGAAAUAGGGGUAAUUGCAUAAAGAAGCACUUGACCAUUUUUUGCGCCGAGAUGAUGAAAUAUACAAAAUUGUGUUAACUUUACCUGUUUUCUUCAUUGAAAAAGAGCUGUGUUUACAUUAAUUCGUGCACCAUCUGCGUUAAAAUAUUCUAGACCCAAGAAUUUUUUUUGUUCUUUUUCUCAAUAGUUUUUAUAUUGCUGCAUGGUGACUAAAGUUGAAAAGCAUCAAACUAAAGCUUUUUAACUUUGCAGAAUGUUGUAGAAAUUUAUAAAGAAUAUUAAUUUUUGUGCAGGAACGCAUUUUUAAUUAUGAAAGAGAUUUAUUAGCAUUUCACUGAUUUUCAGGCAAUAAAUGAGCCGCGCCAUUAGAAAACCAACAUAGUGGGUUUGCGACCAGCAUGGAUCCAGACCAGACUGCGCAGAUGUGCAGGCUGGUCUGGAUCCAUGCUGGUCGUAAACCCACUAUGUUGGUUUUCUCAUGGCGCAGCUCAAAUCAUUGUUUUAUGGUCAGUUAGUUUACAGUGCAUUUAGAAGUAAUCUGUUACAUGAUUAGGCAUAAAUUAUCUCACGUGAGUCAACAGCUCUUUGCGAGUUACUUUUUAUGGUGCGUAAUACUCAGGUGUCUGAAUUAUUCUCAAAAGUCCCCACCUGGAAUGGAUGUAAUUACUUAUUUCCAGGCCUAUUGCAGGUUUCAUAUUUACCUCCCGAGCAUCCGCAUUCAUCGCUUAAGCAUUGUAGUCCACCCUGCUAACCACUGCACCACAGUCUCUCAGUGAAAUUACUAAGUUGAAUUUCUGUUGAACAUCUCUGUAGCUUAUUUAUAGCAAUCUUCCGGGUUUGAUAAAUUAGGUGACAGCUAUGAGAACAUGCAGAUGUGAACGACAAAAUCAUUCCCAGUUCAAUAGCGCCAUAGCUUGCAUGAUUUAUGAAUGGAGCAAACAUAGUCCCAUAAUUGAUAACCUCAUUUUCAAAUCAGGAAAAACAACAUUGAACUUGAGGGGAAUCCUUCUGUUGAUACAUUUUAAAUAAUUCAUUGUUACAUUAAUAAUAUAUACAACUUUAUUGAGUUAUAUCAUUAGUAUACAAAUUGCUUUUAAUUGUUAUCCAGUUGCAUAAUUAUAGAUAUUUGUUGAGUGCUAAGGUUUGUUAAGAAUUAAAUAUAGAAAUUUUAAGAAUUGUAUAUAAAUUCCAAAACUUCCAGUGCUACAAACAAUUUUUGGGUAAGAAAUAGAAUGUACAUGUAUGUUUUUCUUCUUGUCAACUGAGGAAUUGAAUUUUCAUAUUUUUGUUAAAAUAUGAAGUUUUAUCAUGGCAUCAUUUAAUGGUCAGUGGCCUUACUCAUGUUGUUAAGAACUUGCAGAAUCAUAGCUGGUUGUAUUCUUGACCAUUAUGACGGCUUAUAUUGUCACUCUGUUUUAGAUUUGUGAGCUCCAUUUUUUUGUGAAUAGCAGUGCAGGGUGAACCCAUGGUAAAAAUUACCUGAUCUUAGUACAUGACUUAUUUCUUUCUGUUUGCAAGAGAAUAUUUGUAUUUUUAUCACAUUAAGGUACUGCUCAUUCUUGCUUAAGUUCUAACUAUGACUUUUGUAAAAUGUCAACCAUGACUGUAGUUCCAUGUUAAAUAUCACUUUUUUAAUGAGAGCAAAUAAAUUGUAGAUUUUGAAAAUGUUGUUUAAGUAAUCAUAAUUUUAAUUAAUAGUUUGGUUUUCAUCUAUUCCAUCCUUGUUUAUGCCACUUCAUGACAUUUUGAGAUUUAUGAUUUGCAUUUGAAACAUUGUGAUAUGUAAGAAUGUUUAUUGGUUUGUACACAUAAGGCCACAUAAUGAUUAGCAGCAUUUUUGAUUUAAUUAUGUACUCUCAGUAUGUGAUUUUGACAUUCUCAGAAAAAAACUUGUUUUGUCCAAAGAAUGCUGAACUAUCAUACAGGAUUAUGUAAUUGCAUGAAAAUUGCUAAUUGUCAUUUUCGCAUCCACUACCUUAAGUGUCUGUUAACCCUUACCCUGCUAAAUUUCUAUAAUGAACUUGUCCAUCGUUCAGUUUGGACAGUCCCAUUAACUGUUAAAAGGGGUGAUUACCAAAAAGGUACUGACUGAAUGGCGAACCGUGCAGAUCAUGAUCAGACUGCAUGAAUGUGCAGGCUGAUCAUGAUCUACAUUGGUCACAAAGGCAGAAUCAAUCAUGUCCAGCAUGAUAAGGGUUAACAUAUCAGACCUGCUUUAUAGUACAGCAAGGUUAGUACAGAGUUUUAAAUUUUAUUUCCAUUGUCUUCAUUUUCUCAUGAAAUUAGCAUAAAUUUGUGUAUUAUUAGAAACAAAGAGAAUUCUGUCAGAUUUCGAAAUGUAUUUCUAUAUUUUGACUCUUGAACACUGCCUUCAAUACAUUCUUGUGGAGGAUCAAACAGUUUAGUUGUAGUGUUGCUUGAAACAUCUUCAUGUAGACUCGUUUUAUGGAAUUUUGUUCUUUCAGGAAGUAUUUUUCCAGAUUGACAUAAAAUGUAUUUAUUGGUCAAUAAAAUGAUUUAAUUGUAAAUAUAUACUAAUACUGACUUUUAGAGGAUUUGAGUGGUUUUGCUAAAAGUGCGUAAUUAGUUUUAGAUGGCAGUUGUAAAUUUUGAGGGUUGAAUGGAAAACUGUGGUAACUUGUUCUUUAAACUCAGUGUGUUACAACAGUUUUUUGUUCAGCUUAGUUGCUGGUUUUUCCUUUGUUGAAAGAAAUGUUAAUCAGACAAUUGAGGCAUUUAUUGUAUAUGAAAUGCAGAAUUUUUAUCUCAGUAAUGAAGUUGUUCAGAAUGUUGUAAACAUGUACCAAAAUAGAACUAGAUGCAAGUGUGUGUUUUGAAUAGCGACUUAUUCUAAAGAUUUUAAAGAAAAUUCAGUAAGAAGAGUUAUUCAGUGUUUCAUCAUUGUUCUGAAAAACUGUAAAGUAGCUGUGGUCUAUCUUGAAAAACUAAUUUGCCAGUUUUGGCUGUGUAGAGACAUUCAGGAUGUACUGUGCUGCAUAGCGAGCGGUUUUUGUCGAUUUCCUGCUGAACAUAGAUGUUCAAGACAUUGUACAGAAUUUUUUCUUGUUUAAGCAUUAUUAAUUUUUGAUAAACUUUAGUCAGCAUGUGUUAUGUGUUUGUUCAGUGGUGAAUGUAGUAUUGUUGUCACUUGUAUAUUUUUUUUUGUUCAUUGAUUAACGUGGACAUGUUGUAAACCAAAGGAUCUGCAAUUUAUUUAUACCAGUAACUGUUUAAGUGGAAAAGUUAGUGACAUGGAAAUGUUUGUUAGUUUCAUGAAUUCAGUAACAUUGAGAAAAUAUAAGUACGCAUAAAUUUACAUGUCUAUUCUGACAUGUCAUAAUCAAGACCACUUUUACAGUUAAAUUGUAGUUACAGUUGACAAGAAUAUCUUCAGAAGUCAAAUCAGUGUGUACAAAAUGUAUCAAAAUCCUUAAUUAUUACUCCCUCAAAAGUUGCUGAUAUUUUCAUAUACUCCCUGUGUUACUCAUAAUUGUAUUCAGAUGUUAAAAGUAAGAUUUCAGGUCAGUUUGUUGAUACCAUACAUGUUUUAUAUAUUCAAGAAGUCUUUAUGUCAGAUUUUUGUAUAUUAAUUUUACAAAGAUUUUGUAAAACAUGUAAAAAGCACAUGACACCUGCAAUCACUUACAGUGACAUUGACACACAUUUUUAUUUCCUUAUCAAAAGAGAUGCAAAGAGGUUUUCUUGCAUGCCAAACAGGAUUUUCCCAUAUUUUCCAGUCAUGGAAUAUCUCUGGUAUGUAAGGUGGCUCUUGUGCUGUAAUUUAUAAAUGAAUGUAUAAAGAGCGAGGUGUAUUAUGUGAACACCCGUGGUGGACGGUGGGGUCGUCCAAAGCAUGUCUGCUCUCUUAAGUCGAACAGUAUCCAUCUGAUCUUCACCAAACAUGCUGACAAUGUUUAUGGGCAUCUUGGCCAAGUUCGAUAACCACCCAAAUUGCCCCAGGCACUCUUGGAUUAUGGACUUUGAAUUACUCGAAAAACUACCAAUUUAGCCUUGUCCGGUCUCGAACAGUUUUCAUCCGAUCUUCACCAAACAUGCUGACAAUGUUUGUAGGCAUAAUAUCUCGGUCAGGUUCGAUAACCACCCAAAUUGCCCCUGGCACUCUCGGAUAAUUGCCCUUGAAUUACUUGAAAACGUGCAAAUUUAGCCUUGUCCGCUCUCUAAGUCGAACAGUUUUCAUCCGACAGGCGUAUUUUGUGACAGUGGCACUCUUGUAUUAUUUUUUUCUUCUGUUAUUUGAAGAAUAUGGUAUGGAAGAAAAAGAAUCUCACCGGUUGUAGGUGUGGAUGGAAAUGUCCAGUUUUCGGGUAACUGUUUUUGUGGUAGCACGGCAGGGCCUCAUUACUGCCUCAAACAGUUAUCCUCAAGUCAGAUAAUUAUUUUUACACCUUCAACCAGUGAGAGAUUCUUGUAUUCCUUUGUAGUUAGAGGUUCAAAAUCAGGAAGCUCCACUUUCACAAUUUGAGUAUUUUCAUCUGCAUAUCUUGUAGAAGUUAAAGCCAGUGUUAAAUAUCAAUAAAACUGUAUUUGAAUGUUCAUUUUGUAUAUCAUUUCUAAGGUGUCUCCUGGCAAAACUUCCCUCCCAGGGAUAUUUUGAAAAAAAAAAAUCCUACAUCAGGAACUUUUACCAAAGGCCACUUUUUCUAAACACAUCUGAUUUUUUAACAAGUUUUGAGUGGAUGGCAUUUUUCCAGAUGAGUGUGUGUAAGUCACCUUUAUCCUUUAUAAUGCAACAAAAUAUUGUUGGCUUAAUUAUAGAAGAAAUUUGUACAGAGUUUAAGUAUGUUGAUGUUCCUAUAUUUUAUAAACAAUAUUUCUGCCAGUGGUAGGAUAUUGACGUUUAGUGAAAGCAGUUAACAGUUUUUACUAUAGAUGAAUUUAUUUGUGCAAUAUUCUAGACUGGACAUAUUCAGCAAUUAUAAGGUUACUUGUUUUUUGCACAUGUUCAAACAUAUAUACUAAAAAGAGCACUAAAAUUUUGAUUUUAUUUUAAUUGUGUAACUUCUAGAAAAUGAUAUCUUUAUUGCCACUAUGUGUUGUAUUUCUGUUCACUACACACUGAAUGCUAGUUGCAGUUUAUGCUGUGUAUUUCAGCAUGCCAUGCUGACUGUUGCGUGUUCAGCAAGGCGUACUGACUGCUGCAUGUUUCAGCAUGCUGUGCUGACUCCUGCAUGUUCAGCAAGGCGUACCGACUGCUGCAUGUUCAGCAAGGCAUACUGACUGCUGCAUGUUUCAGCAUGCUGUGCUGACUCCUGCAUGUUCAGCAAGGCGUACCGACUGCUGCAUGUUCAGCAAGGCGUACUGACUGCUGCAUGUUUCAGCAUGCUGUGCUGACUCCUGCAUGUUCAGCAAGGCGUACCGACUGCUGCAUGUUCAGCAAGGCGUACUGACUCCUGCAUGAUUUAGAACUAUUGCCACAUGUUUUAGGAGGCUGUUUGCUACAUGUUUGAGCAUUUUCUUUUCUUCCACUAUAAAUGAAAUGCAAGUGUUUGUUGUUAUUAAGUAUUUGUGAUUGAUAAACAGACAUGUUCUAAGGUCUUGUGAGCUUCAGUAGUAUGAAGUCUGCAGUUUGUAGUCGUAAUAAAACUUCUUUUUUUCAAUCAAACAUAUUCUAAGACCAGAAACAUGAAGUCAUGCGUUCCCUGAAAAAGUAAGAGUGAAAGGUUGUAAAUAUAUAUCAUUUUCUGCCAGAAAUAGAGUAUGAAAAACUGUUGUAAUAUAUAAGAAUGUCUUUGUAAUACUUUACUACUUUUUUCAAAAAGAAAUCUUUCCAUAGAGUUUUGUUUGUAUUUUAUUGUUUUGAAAAAGCAGUUGUUCUUCUAGAUUUGUUAUUGUAUUUAAAGGGGCAUACCUGCAGGUGUACAUAAAAUUUCAAUUUUUGUAACAUAUAGAAACAUAUCCAAAAUUAUAGCUUAAAUCUUCAAAAAAAUGCUCUGGUUUGAUUUACUUAUAACCUUUUCUACACAUUUUACAAGAGUUCUUAUAAAUAAAUACUGCCCAGAAACUCUCACCUUACUGAGUUGAAAGGUAUUACUAAUUUUGAAAAAAAAUGACUUGAAUUUUGAGACAUGCUCCUUUAAACUGCUCGCAUCAUGACAAUGUCAUGUUGAAUUUUGUAUCCCUCAAUGGAAAUGUUGAGUUAAAUAUGAAUCAUGCAUUUUGUAGGCCAGAGUCAGAAUAAACAAAUUUAUUUAAUGGAGACCUAUUUCAGUAUUACUCGAAAAAAAUAAAAAAAAAGUAGAAGAAAUUUAAAGGAUGUAAGAUACUAUAGCCUGGAGAUCCAGUGUAACAUUUUUUUUUACCUUUUUAAUUAGAAAAAAGAUAAUACUACUAGAAAGAAUACUGGGACUGAUCACCACUGCUAAUGUUACCAGUUUAGCGGCUUUGUUAAUGUAAAAAUAUAGAAUAUGUUUUGUAUGGACAGGGCCAUUGCCGACAACCUCCCGAGGCUAGUAUAGUCAGCAGAAACCCAAUCAUGCAUUUUUGAAACAGUGUUUUUGUAGUUGUACGAUUUCUUGUUUAUUUACUCGACAUUCACACUAUUUGAAUAAAUUUCAUUAUUUUACACUUUGUUUUACUAUCUAAAAGCAGGCAAUGAUGUAUAAAGGUAGUUCUGCAAAGAAACUGUUUUCUACAAAGUACAGUUUCAGAUAUUGUCCUGAUACUUGCUACAGAUCCUUGUAUCAGUAAUAAAUGAAUCAUUAUUGUUUAUCAAUGGUUGUUUUUCAUCAGUUUCUGCCCUGUUAUACUUUAAACUUGGCAGAAACAUUGCAAAAUGGUACAAAUUACUCUUGUGUUAUCAUUAUAUUUUACUCAGUCUUUAUCAUAGACUCCCUGUUAUGUAACUACUUAGUAAUAUUAUCUACAUUGAAGAAAUAUUGUUUUUAGCUGAAGAGAGAUGAUAUUUAAAAGUGACACCACACAAAAGAAACAUUUCAUUUCAGUGUAGGGCAGUUCUUAAAAUUGUACCCUCUCAUUUUGAUCCUGCCAUUUUCUUUGUUGAUAAAUAUUGUGUAUUAUGAUUGCAUGAACUAAUAUUUUCUGUCAAAUAAAUCUUAUCAUUCUUAGAAAG